ACGGACCAGUCUGCUCAAGCUUGCUUCUAUUUCUGUAUAAUUUCCCAAUCAUAAAGAGAUAUCACAGAUGCCACUGGAUGAUGGCUCGCAGUACCAGCCACAGCAAGAAGUACCUGCAUAGACUCAAGGAUAUUCUAGUCGGGCCACUCAUGCUGCGUCCCCCUCCUGCCCCUCCUCGGAUUCGGCGGGAAUAACCUGCUCUGGAGAAAUUCCCAUGCUAGCCAACCAGUACUAUCAUUGCCUGUAACUCUUGCAUAUCGAUACCUGCAGACCCCACUGAGCUUCGAGGCAAAUGAUUCCCAACGACACGGUGGAGCUAGUUGAGCUGGACAGCGAAGUGCAGUUGUAGGGCACCAACCUUCAGGCCAACAGCUUGACACAUCUUAACUACGAAUUUUCUGUACCUCCUUACUCCUAUCUUUUACGUCGACCUUGCCAGUAACAAUUUCAAACCGAAUUAUCUUCUUCUUCGACUGAUUACAGUGUCUGUUAAGACGAGAUGGGUGACGGAAAUACCUUUGACAACAAAGAUAACACGGUUCACAACCAGGCCGGUAGUCAAAUUGUUUAUGGCAGUAUAUAUAACAAUACUUUCUAUACCUAUGAUCAAGAUGGCACGCGGCAUAUUGCUGAGGAUAAGUCUCAUCUUGAUCACAGGCUCCUAGAAGCAGCCGCCAAAGGGGAGACUGCGAAAGUGGAGCAUCUACUGGACAACGGCGCAAACGUUUCGGCCGCGGAUUCGCAGGGCCACACAGUGCUUCAUGUCGCUGCAUCUGGAGGACACGCUGAUAUUAUCAGCAUCCUCUUGCGGCGAGGGGCCGACAAAAAUGCGAGAAACCGUUCUAAUCACCGUCCUUCGGAGCUCGCCAGAUUGCUUGGUCAUAUUCCCCUUGCGAACAAGUUGGAGCUGAAUUUGCUUUAGAGAAGCGGUUUAACAGCUAUUUCUAUUUUCACGAAUCAUAAAGGAUAUUCGCUCUUAGCAAUUUUCGAUCUUUCCCUAAAGGCACACAAGUCUACUAUCGAUGCAGAUAGAAUUCUUGAUGAAUGGAAUGCAAGCAUCUUCUAAUUUACCGUCUCAUCCCAUACGAACAAGAUACAUAACUCAGCGACAAAUGUUGCGAUCUCGUAUCAUAUUGCGGUAGAGCACCAAGAGCCCGUGUUUAAGUAC